AUGAAUUAAAUUUAAUCGUAUAAAGUUAUUUUAGUAGGAGAUAACAAGGUUGGGAAGACAAGCUUUUUUAUUCGAAUAACUAAGAAUGUUGCUCCAAGAUAACCCUAAUCAACAAUUGGAGUUGAGUAUGCAACAAAGUAGGUUGUUUUUAAGGAAUUAAUAAUCAAUCUAAAAAUUUGGGACACAGCUGGUUCUGAGAAAUAUAAGUCUUUAACUUCAAACCAUUUUCAUUAAUCACAAGGGGCAUUAUUGUUUUAUGAUCUGACUGAUUUAUAUUCUUAUGAAAAUUUACAAUUCUGGUUGAAAGAUAUUUACAAUAAUGCUGACGAUAGAAUUGUGAUUAUAAUAGUAGGAAAUAAAUUAGACCUGAUUCACGAUGGAGUAGAACUCAGAUGUAUUGCAUAAGAAAAGGUUCAAUAAUUUUGUAAGGCUAAAAACCUGUUGUAUUGUGAAAUAUCAACGAAAACAGGAGAGGGAAUAAAUGAGUUGAUUGAUUAACUUGCUCAGAAUUUAUAAGCCAGAAAAGUCUCACAAGAUGUCCUGUAAUAAAGACCUCGACAGAAUUGUUGUACUUGA